AAGACCUCCUCUUUCAGGUAGGUUGGAGAGACAGCUUAAACCCCCAAAAAAUCUCCAUCAAAAUUCGCUUCUCUGGACUUGACGCUUCUUCCGUCUAUAUGGGUUGCAGAGUUUAGUACUCUCAGUACAACAAGUUCGUUUUUUACUCCGUAAAAGUUAAUCUCUCAUGGCGUUUCUCUCCUUCACCCAAUUCCUACCAUUCCCCAGAUGCAGUGUAGAUGAUGUUGUUCCUUGUCUCCAGUCACUGGGCUUUGUUAAGUUUCGAGGUGAAAGAUUUAACGGGAGACAAAGCUUUUUGGUGGUUGCUGGUAGGAGAAAGUUAUCAGAGUCUGCACCUCUUGGAGAAGAUGAUAGUGGAAACGGAGCUGUUGGGGGAAAGAAACCAACCAAAGCUCCUAAGAGAACAACGAAGAAGAAGAAGAUAGUAGCAAAGGAUGAACCUUUAGAUGAAAGCUCUCAGCUUUUAGUAGAUAAUAAUGAUGUUUCAGACACAAAGGAGGAGGAGCCACGGAGAACUAGAAAGAAAGCUUCUUCUGAUGUGGAGGAAGGAAAAACCGAGAAGAAAGUGAGAAGAAAGAGGGCUACUAAGAAAGAUAAAGAAGUAGAGGAAGGUUUAGUUACUAGUAGUAGUAUAGAUGAUGCUGAGGUUAGUGAUGUGGAGGAAGCUUUGAUAGUUGAAGGCAUUGAUGUUGACAGUGAAGGAGAAGAGAUUGAUCUGAGCAAACAUGAAAGUGAGGAUAUUAGUCACACAUACGGAUGGCCUCCUCUGGUGUGUUGCUUUGGAUCUGCACAACAUGCUUUUGUGCCAUCAGGAAGGCCAGCAAACAGGCUUUUGGAUUACGAACGUCAGGAACGGAUGAAAGAUGCGGUGUGGGCUCCGGAGAAGUAUAUCAGAGCUCCUGGAGGAUGUGCAGGAGGUGUUGCUAUUGCUCUUGCAAGCUUGGGUGGUAAUGUUGCCUUUAUGGGGAAAUUGGGAGAUGAUGACUUUGGUCAAGCUAUGUUGUAUUACUUGAAUGUGUGCAAAGUCCAAACGAGAUCAGUCAAGAUUGAUAGUAAAAGGGUCACUGCGUGUUCGUCUAUGAAGAUUAGUAAGAGAGGUCGCUUGAAAUCGACUUGUGUCAAACCCUGUGCUGAGGAUUCACUUUCAAAAUCUGAAAUCAACGUUGAUGUCCUCAAAGAGGCGAAAAUGUUCUACUUCACAACGCAUUCACUGCUGGAUAAGAAGAUGAUGUCGACAACAUUACAAACCAUAAAGAUAUCAAAGCAACUAGGGAAUGUCAUUUUCUAUGACUUGAACCUCCCCUUACCGCUAUGGCAAUCUCGGGAAGAAACCAAGAGUCUCAUACAAGAAGUGUGGGAUCUUGCAGACGUCAUUGAAGUCACUAAACAGGAACUUGAGUUCUUAUGUGGAAUCGAGCCAACUGAAGAGUUUGAUACAAAAAACAAUGACAGCAGUAAGUUUGUACACUACGAGCCGGAAACAGUGGAGCCUCUCUGGCAAGAAAAUCUCAAGGUUUUGUUUGUGACCAACGGCACUUCUAAGAUACAUUACUACACCAAAGAGCACAAUGGUGCUGUUCUUGGAAUGGAGGAUGUUCCCAUUACUCCUUUCACUAGGGAUAUGUCAGCAUCUGGAGAUGGGAUUGUUGCAGGUCUGAUAAGAAUGCUUACGAUUCAGCCAGAUCUUCUGAAUGACAAAGGCUACUUGGAACGGGCAGCAAGAUAUGCAAUUGAGUGUGGAGUUGUUGAUCAAUGGUUGCUGGCACAAACUAGAGGAUAUCCUCCAAAGGAUGAUGAUGACAUUGAAGAAGAAGAAGAAGAUGAAGAGGAUGAAAUGGAAUCAGAUCCAAAUGGUAUAAGAUCGAUAACAGAGAGGGAAUACCGAACCUCAAAGGCUUAUGAUGAACCAGAUGGUCCAUACGUUAUGAAACCAGUAGAGGAAAGGGAGUACCGGAAGCUAGAGCUUGUUGGUUCAAUGGGUGAAGAUGAUGAUGAUAGUUCUUGAUACUAAUAAAGUUUUAGAUUCUUUUUUUGUUUGUUUGUUAGUUCUUUUCCUUGUUUACAUCUUACAACAAACUCUGUAGAGUGUAAACUUUCAUAUGUUUCAAAUAUCUC